AGUGAAUAGAGUAUGUUUUCUCCCUGAUCAAAAAAUCCAAAUCAACUCUCUCUCUCUCUCUCCCCCUCUCAACUGCAAAGCAGAGCUUCUGAUCCCGUGUAGAUUCUUCUGCCCAAAACCACGUGUCCCUCGCAUUCCGCCGCUUUCAAACGUCCAUCGAUAAUCAUCGGACCAGACAGCGAUAGAAAUUUUAGCGUAUCCCACGCCUAUACAUACACAUGUAGUAUAUGUUACAUCCCGCUGAAACCCUUAAUUGAAACAUCUCUCACUCCUGCCAUCGCCCGCAUCUCUCUCUCACUCCUACCGAAACAUGAUUACGGCCGGAAAUCGACCGUCGAUUCGGUGUCCGUUUCCGGAAAUCGACCUCGGUGGCGGCUUGACGCCGACGAAAUUAGGGUUCUUCAAGAUCCCCGCGUCUAAUUGUUGUUAUGAAAGCGCAAGAUCGAGUUUUUCCGCGCCAGUUAAGGCAAUGGAGGGGUCUCAGGUGUCGUGCGUCAAUGGCAAAGCUGAUUUCGUUCGAGAAUUAGAUAAGGCCGACUCUAAUGCGGACGAUAAGGGUUUGGUAGAAGAUUCUAAAGGUAAAAGUAUGCGGCAGAUGUCUACUUUUGGAAAUUCGUCAAACAUUGUGUGGCAUAAGUGCUCGGUCAAGAAAAUUGACAGGCAGGAGUUACUCCAGCAAAAAGGGUGCGUCAUAUGGAUCACAGGCCUCAGUGGUUCAGGAAAGAGCACUUUAGCAUGCGCUUUAAGUCGAGGCUUGCACAUCAGAGGAAAGCUGACCUACAUCCUUGAUGGUGACAAUGUUCGUCAUGGUCUGAACCGCGAUCUCAGCUUUAAAGCAGAGGAUCGUGCAGAAAACAUACGUAGAAUUGGGGAGGUUGCGAAGCUGUUUGCAGAUGCCGGAGUUAUUUGCAUUGCUAGUCUGAUAUCUCCGUACAGAAAGGACCGAGAUGCCUGUCGUGCUCUACUGUCAAAAGGAGAAUUCAUUGAGGUGUUUAUGGACAUGCCUUUGCAAGUAUGUGAAGCAAGGGACCCUAAGGGGCUGUACAAGCUUGCACGAGCAGGAAAAAUUGAAGGUUUUACUGGGAUUGAUGACCCAUAUGAGCCACCAUUGAAUUCUGAGAUAGUAUUGCAACAGAAAGGAGGGGUCUGUGCUUCCCCAUGUGAUAUGGCUGAAACCGUGAUAUCUUACUUGGAGGAGAAUGGGUAUCUCAUUUCCUAAUUUGUGGGCAUUGCUGUUCAGCAGCUGCUGAACUCGUCCACCUGUACAAUACUGUGCGAUGGAAUCGCAAAUGGCUGAUAAUUUUUUUCCUCGUGGGAAGGAAACGAAGGAAACUGCUCGUUUCCUUUUUGAAUGCUUCCAUCCUUCCUGUAUGAUAUCCAGUUAAUUGAUUGAUUAAUUGGAUGUAUAUUUGUUGUACUGUCCUGUAAAGGCCUUUUGGUCUUGCUUGCAAUAAACGAGGAAGUAUUUCAAUUGUUAUUGUAAAUGUUCUUUAUAAUCUGUGAAUUGGUUUUUCUGUAUGGGAAAAAUGGUUGUCUCAAUAUAAUAGCACCAACGUGAACCUUUGAAGUGGUGUA